ACUUGCACCCCUCCUCCCUCCGAAUGGGACAGGCCGGAGCCUGCAAGUUUGUAGCGGGACAAAGUGAAUCGAGGAUCUGACUCUGCAAGCAUACAGUAGUAGACAAAAGUGGCAAUUGAAUGGGACGAGGUAGGGAAGAUUGAGAGAGAGGGGGAGUCUAGGAAGACUUAUUGAACGGGUAAAUGUGAAGAAAGAAGGAAAAGCGACUAAAACAGGGAACAAGAAGGAGCAAGACUAGAAGCUGAAAAAAGCAUCAUUAUUGUCACCUGCCGGGUUACAGAUCGAAGGACUGAAACUUUGGUAGAUACAAACGAUGAAAGUCGCAUGUUUAAUUGUACUUUUGUGGGCUUCAGCUGUGAAAAGUCAACAAAAAGGUCUCUUCCCUGCCAUUCUGAAUCUUGCCAGUAAUGCAAAGAUUACCACCAAUGCCACUUGUGGUGAGACAGGACCCGAGAUGUUCUGCAAGUUGGUAGAGCAUGUACCAGGACGAACCAUCCGUAAUCCACAGUGUCGGAUCUGUGACAGCUAUAGCUCUAACCCAAAAGAAAGGCACCCCAUCACUAAUGCAAUAGAUGGGACCAACAACUGGUGGCAGAGUCCAAGCAUCAAAAAUGGAAGGCAGUACCACUGGGUGACUAUCACACUGGAUUUACGACAGGUUUUCCAACUGGCUUAUGUCAUUAUAAAAUCUGCUAAUUCCCCUCGACCCGGGAACUGGAUUCUAGAGCGCUCUAUAGAUGGUAUUGAAUUUCAGCCUUGGCAAUUCUAUGCAAUAAGUGACACUGAAUGCCUUACAAGAUACAACGUUACACCAAGGCUUGGGAACCCAACCUACAAAUAUGAUGAUGAAGUAAUCUGCACAUCCUACUAUUCCAGACUCGUCCCCUUUGAACAUGGAGAGAUCCACACAUCUUUAAUUAAUGGCAGACCCGGUGCAGAUGAUCUCAGCCCUGCCUUGCUUGAAUUUACCUCAGCUCGGUAUAUCCGCCUCCGUCUUCAGCGCAUUCGAACACUCAAUGCUGACCUCAUGACUCUCAGUUACCGGGACCCUAAAGAUGUUGAUCCCAUUGUAACGCGCAGGUAUUUCUAUUCCAUCAAGGAUAUAUCAGUAGGAGGAAUGUGUAUUUGCUAUGGUCAUGCACAAAGCUGUCCUUGGGAUGAAGCAACAAAGAAACUACAAUGCAUUUGUGAGCACAAUACUUGUGGUGAAAGCUGUAAUGAAUGUUGCCCUGGCUAUCAUCAGAAACCCUGGCAACCUGGAACAAUCUCUACUGGCAACACAUGUGAAAAAUGCAACUGUCAUAACAAGACUGAAGACUGUUACUUUGACCAGAGUGUAGCGGACCGUAACAUGAGCAGGAAUAUUUUCGACCAGUAUGAGGGAGGUGGAGUCUGCAUUAAUUGCACUCAGAAUACGGCCGGCAUUAACUGUGAAACCUGCAUUGAUGGAUUCUACAGAGCUCACAAGGUUUCUCCCUAUGAAAUGAAUCCCUGUGCACCAUGUAAUUGUGAUCCUUAUGGAGCUGAGCAGUCCGUUUGCAUCAGAGAUGAUGCUGAGGCUGACUUACAUAUAGGUCUACUCCCAGGGCAGUGCCAGUGUAAGGAAGGCUAUGAUGGAGUAAAGUGUGAUCGCUGUUCAUUUGGAUACAGUGGAUAUCCUCAUUGCGUGCGCUGUAAUUGUAGCUUGGUAGGCAGCACCAACACAGACCCUUGUGCAGAGGAGUGUGUAUGCAAGAAUAAUGUAAUGGGGGAGAAUUGCAAUCUCUGUAAAGAAGGCUACUACAAUCUUCAGAAAGACAACCCAGAUGGCUGCACAGAGUGUUUUUGCUUUGGAGUGUCAAAUGUGUGUGAGACUAUAAGCUGGUCCCGGACACAGAUUUUACAUCUAAGUGAAUGGAUGUUGCCAGUCCAUCAAACUGAUGUCAGGCUAGAUCAAUAUGAAGUAAACAACAGUAUCCUAAAUAACACAAAAGAAACAAGCCAUCUGUCAUCCAUGUAUAUCUGGUCAGCUCCAGAGGAGUUCUUGGGAAAUAAGCUGUCAUCUUAUGGGGGUUACUUAAACUACACAAUAGAAUAUGAUGCGUUGACAGAAAACAGCAAAACAAUUCUUGGUUUUGAUUUCAUCCUUGAGGGCAAUGGAAGAGCCUUGCACACAGGUUACACUUUGGAAACAGUGCCUUCUUAUGGAGUUAAGACAUUUGAAUUUGUGAUGUUACCAGAAAGCUUCAUAGACUGGCAGAAAAACACAGAGGAAAGGGACAAACUGAUGACUGUACUGGCAAAUCUUUCCCGGCUACAAGCCAUAGCCUACAGCAACUUCAGCAGUAGUGGACAUCUAAGGAUAAUAUCUGUUUCCUUGGAAAGAGCUAGUGCAAAUGCUGUUAAUGAUAGACUUGCUUUGGAUGUGGAGCACUGCAAGUGUCCAGAAGGCUACACUGGAACAUCAUGUGAGUCCUGCAGCUCUGGGUAUUACCGAGUAGAUGGAAUUUUGUUUGGAGGCAUAUGCAAGCAAUGUGAAUGCAAUGGCCAUGCUAGUGAAUGCAACAAUCAUGGUGUUUGCUUUGAUUGUCAGGACAACACCACUGGACCUCACUGUGAACAGUGUAUGCCUGGAUAUUAUGGUGAUGCUUCGAGGGGCACAACUGAAGAUUGUCAAUUGUGUGCCUGUCCACUUGAAACAACAACCAACAACUUUAGCCCUACCUGUUACUUAGACAAUUCUGGAGGAGUGAUUUGUGAUCAGUGUUUGCCAGGAUAUGAUGGGUCACGAUGUGAAAGAUGUGCCGAUGGCUUCUAUGGAGAUCCCACAGUUCCAGGACAAUCCUGUAUCCCUUGUGACUGUAAUGGAAAUGUGAAUCCUGUUGAGCCUGGUCGGUGUGAUACACAAUCAGGAGAAUGUCUCAAGUGCAUUAAUAACACUGCAGGCCGCAACUGUGAAAUAUGUGCAGAAGGAUACUUUGGAGAUGCCAUUGUCAAUAAAAACUGUCAAGCCUGUGCCUGCCAUGUUAACAGCUCUUACUCUAAUAUUUGUGAUUUGAAGAGUGGACAAUGCCAGUGCAAAGAAAACGUCACUGGUCUGAAAUGUGACAAAUGUGUGCCUGGACACUUUGGGUUGAGUAGCGGCCUUGGCUGUCAGCCCUGCAUGUGUAAUUUGACUGGAUCUCUCACAGAAGAAUGCAGUGAUGACGGUCAGUGUCACUGUGUCGUAGGAGUAGCUGGAGAAAAAUGUGACCGUUGUGCCUAUGGAUUUUACAACUUCCAGGAUGAUGGCUGUACUUCUUGCGACUGUUCCCACACCCAUAACACCUGCAAUGCCAAGACAGGUGAGUGUAUCUGCCCACCUCACACUAUUGGUGCCAAGUGUGAAAUCUGCCAGGAAGACUACUGGGAUCAUAAUUCUCUGACAGGUUGCAAGGCAUGCAGCUGUAGUACUAUAGGAUCAGUCAGUUCUCAAUGUAACCUCUUGUCUGGUCAUUGCCACUGCAAACCUGGAUUUGGAGGAGACAGGUGUGAUGAGUGUGCUCUAGGAUUUCGGUCUUUCCCAGAGUGCAUUGCUUGUAACUGCAACAUAAAUGGGACAAGACAAGAGUUCUGCAAUGUAAAACAUGGCAUUUGUAGCUGUGAAGAGGAAACUGGCAAAUGUGUUUGCAAGGAAAACGUGGAAGGUGAUAGAUGUAAUCAGUGCAAACCAGGGACUUUUGCUCUUUCUGUAGAGGACCCCUUUGGCUGUAGGCCGUGUUUCUGUUUUGGAGUAUCUGAAGUAUGUGAGGAACUUGACGGACUUGUGAGAAUUCCUAUCUCUUUGAACCCAGAUAUUAAUAUCUUGAGAGUGGUCAGUCAAAGUGACCUUUCGGGAACAGAGGAGGGUGUAUUCCACCAUGCAUCAGACACCCUAUUGGAUGCUAAUUUGAUACGUCAUUCCACACUUACUGAACCAUACUACUGGAGGUUACCAGAUGUGUUUCAAGGCAGUAAGCUUCUUUCUUAUGGAGGAAAGCUAAAAUAUACCUUGGCUUUCUAUGCUCUUGAAGGCUCUGGGAUCUAUGAUUUUGAGCCUCAAGUGCUCAUCAAAGGUGGACGUGUUGGCAAAUUGGUCAUUUACCAUGACUUGCCUCCACCGGAAAAUCGUGUAAGAACACCCCAGGAAAUUGACUUGAUGGAGCAUAAAUGGAAAUACUUCAACUCUGUCUCUGACUGGGCUGUCACUCACUCAGACUUCAUGUCAGUACUUGGGAAUAUUGAAUACAUUCUUAUUAAAGCAUCAUUUGGUAGUGGUCUGCAACAGAGCAGGAUUUCCAACAUUUCAAUGGAUGUGGCAGUUGAUAUGGAUGAAAUAAGUUUUGACAGGGAAGUUGCCCAUUACAUUGAAAGCUGCCAUUGCCCUUCAGGUUAUGCUGGUCUUUCAUGUCAGGAGUGUGCUCCGGGAUAUCAUAGGCAGAGACUUACAGAGAUAAAUGUGAGAGGUCCUCGUCCAUUUAUUGAGCCCUGUGUCCCAUGUCAGUGCAACAGUCAUAGCAAGAUCUGUGAUUUGGACACAGGAAAAUGUGAGGGCUGUCAACACAAUACUGUAGGUGACCACUGUAAUCUAUGUGCCCCAGGAUAUUAUGGAAAAGUAAACGGAUCCAUUAAUGACUGCUCACUCUGUGCCUGCCCACAUGGCAAUGUCAACAGCUUCAGCCCCACCUGCAUCUUGGAAAGUAAUGGUGACUUCCGCUGCAAUGCCUGCAUGCCAGGUUAUGAAGGACAGUACUGUGAAAGAUGCUCUGAAGGUUAUUAUGGAAACCCAAAAGAGCAAAAUGGCAUAUGCCAGCUGUGCACAUGCAAUCCUGCUGGAUCGGUCCACAAUUACUGUGAUCAGCUUACUGGCCAGUGCAUAUGUAAACAAGGUGUGAGGGGUAGGCUCUGUGACGAGUGUGAAGUGCGUCACAUAUUAAUGGAUACAGAAUGUGUUUCAUGUGAUGAUAACUGUACAGGAGUACUGUUGAGUGACCUUGAUAACAUGAUGGAAACUCUGAAAGCUGUUAACUUGACAGGUGUCAUCCUAGCUCCCUAUAACCUUUUGGCUUCUAUGGAAAAUAACACUAAUGAAUUAAAGACCCUUAUUCAUCCUGGCUUGCAUCCAGCAGACCUGAUAGCCAAAGAAGAAGAGUGGAUGCUUGAGAUCCUGGAAGAUAUUAACCAGCUUCAUAACAAAACAUCACAGUUUUCCAUUGAUGGGAAGGUACUUGAGAAAUUCACUGAAAGGACCUUAAACCAGAGCCAGGAAAUUCAGAUGUUCAUUUUAAAAAUCCAGACAGCUGCUGAAGCUCUUGUGGAAUUAGCAAAUCAUUUAAAUGAUACUUUGGGGAGUGACGUGGAACUAACAAAUAGCACUCAGUUUCAAGAUGAAAUUUUGCAAGUUCUCCAAUUUAUGAGAAAUAAAGAUUUUACACAGCGGCAUCAGAUCGCAACUAAUGAGUUCAAUGCUGCUGAAGCAUUGCUGUUGCAGAUCCAGAGGGAGCUUAUGAAACUGUGGAAAGAAACGGAUGAACUGAAAACAAAAAUCAGUCUCACCCUAUCUGAUCAUACCAGUAAAUUGUUGGACUCCCAGCUUCUAGUGUACAGUGCGCAAAAUAUUUCUGUUGAGACCAUCCGACUUCUUAAGGCCACAUCAAGCAAUAUGGAACACAUUAAUGUUAAAGGACAGGAGACCAUUAACAAUGAGCGUCUGGCUGCAAAUACAACAGAAGAUGUGCAAGCAUUGUUGUCUGAUGCAUUUAACAUUACUGAAGAUGUCAUUAAUGGAACGUCUCAUUUAGAGGAAUACAUCGAUGAAGUAGAAAUCUGGAAUCCAAUGCUACGAAAACAUGUUGAUAACCUUGUCAUGAAUAUGUCAACAAGAGGAGUACUUGACUUGGUGUUCAAGGCUGAAGACCAUGCUGCUGGGCUGAAGAAACUGGCAGAGUCUCUUCACAAUGCUCUUGAGGAUGUAAGGAAUGUUUCAGUAAAUGCAACAACUGCAGUCCAUGCAAACUUGAACAUCAAAAAUAACAUAGAGGAAGCAGAGAGAAACGCAGAACAAGCUAAUAAUACUGUGGCUGUUGUGCUAGAUCUGGUAAAGUCACAGUUCAAUGAAGAAUCUUUAAAUGACAGUGGAAUUCAGUCACUGCACCGUAGUUCCAAAUUUCUGAAUGAAGCAAAAAAUCUCAACAUCAAGACUGAUGGUCUUAUGAAUGAGUUAAAUGGUCUCAAAGAACAAGUGGAAGAAAUUCGAGGAAACGCUGAAAAUAUUACCAGAGCCUUCAAGAAACCCUUAGAACUUAUAAAUAGCUUGCCAAAGAGCAAUAGCAGCUUAUUCUUGGACCUGAAAAAAUCUGCGACUGGAGCAAAUUCUUCAGUAACUGCUGCACUUCAGCAGCUGGAAGGCUUAAACCAGCAACUGGAAAGCUCCUCGGUGACGGUAGCAAAAGCUAGAAAAACAGUAAACACUACAAGAGAUCUUUUUAAUGAGUCAGCAAAAACAGCAAAUGCAGCUGAGAAAAAAGUUAAAGAGAUUGAAAUGCAAGCCAGUCUGUUGUUUGAUCGUUUAAAACCACUAAAAAUGCUGGAAGACAACCUGAGCAAAAAUUUGUCAGAGAUUAAGGAGCUCAUCAACCAAGCACGAAAGCAGGCAGCUUCAAUAAAAGUAGCUGUAUCUGCUAACAGAGAUUGUGUACGAUCUUACAAGCCAGAGAUCGCCUCAAGCAAUUAUAACACUCUGAUACUAACAGUAAAAACAUCCGAGCCUGAUAACCUGCUUUUCUAUCUGGGCAGCAGCACCAAUACUGAUUUCAUGGCAUUGGAAACACGGAAGGGAAAGGUUUCAUUUCUUUGGGAUGUGGGUUCUGGGCCUGUGAGACUGGAAUAUCCUGAUAUUCAUAUUGACAAUGACAAGUGGCACAGUAUUCAUGCGACCAGGUUUGGAAGGACUGGUUCCAUUUCUGUUGUUGACCUCAAAUUAUCUGAGAAGCCAGCUGUGAAAACUGCAAGCUCACCAGGAAUAUCUACAGUUUUGGAUAUUAAUAAUUCAACAUUUGUCUUUGUUGGUGGUCUUAGUGGUCAAGUACAGAAACCAGUGGCUGUAAAAGUUACACAUUUCAAAGGAUGUAUGGGAGAGGCUUCUCUCAAUGGAAAAAAUAUUGGGCUGUGGAACUAUGCACAAAGGGAAGGUGCAUGCAGAGGCUGCUUCAUCACUCCACAGGAUGAAGACACUUCCUUCCACUUUGAUGGCAGUGGUUAUUCUGUUGUUGAGAAAGCCCUUUAUUCAACAAGAACUCAGCUUGGGAUGCUUUUCAAAACCUUCUCACCAAAUGGCUUACUGCUUUACCUGUCUUCAAAUGGAACGAGAGAUUUCCUGUCUAUUGAGCUGGUAGAUGGAAAAGUAAAACUAACCUUUGACCUUGGAGGUGGACCACUCACCCUUGAAACUGACAAAAGAUACAACAAUGGCAACUGGUAUAAAGUUGCUUUCCAUCGUAACAGAAAAACAGGUUAUCUAGUUGUAAUGGAUGGUUCUGCAGCCAACAGUACUGAGCAAAAACAAGGCGUGUCUCCAGGCACUUCUUCUGAUCUCAAUCGUUCAGACAAGGACCCCAUCUACAUUGGAGGGCUCCCUCGCUCAAGACCAGUCAGAAGACCACUAAUUAGUAGAUCAUUUGUGGGGUGCAUUAAAAACUUAGAGAUAUCUAACUCUAACUUUGAUUUGCUAAAAGACUCUUAUGGUGUGAGAAAAGGUUGUGUGCUGGAGCCUAUUCGUAGUGUCAGUGUCCUGAAAAAUGGAUUCCUGGAGCUGCUGCCUUUCCCACUGUCACCAGAAUCAGAAUUAAUGGCGACAUUUUCCACAAAAAAUGACACUGGGGUGAUUUUGGCUGGCAUUACUAAAAGUGGAAACCGUAAAAGAAGGCAAACACAUCUGCCUUUCUUUGCUGUCAUGCUUAUUGAUGGCAAUGUAGAAAUCCACAUGAAUAGUGGAGAAGAGACUACCACAAAAAAGGUGAUAAUCAAAUCAGAGACUGGAACCUUCAGUGAUGGACAGGAUCAUUCCAUCAUCUUGCAUCGCAAUCGAAGGUUAGUGAAGGUGCAAGUGGAUGAGGGAAACCCUUCUGAGUUUAGGCUUGCCUCAUCUGCAGAGAGUACACCUCUUCUUGUCACCAACUUGUACUUAGGAGGUCUUCCACCGGGAGAGGCUACACACUUAAAGACUAGUAGAUCCUUCUAUGGCUGCAUCAAGAACCUUGGAUUAAACAUGGAGCUUCUGGAUCUUACCACUGCAGUGAAAUACCAAAAUGUUGACCUGGGCAGCUGUUUGUUAGAGGAGAGGCCUAAGAUUACUGUCCAACCUGAUAAUGAGGGACUUGACUCUGUAGUCCAUCCAGAUCCAACUCAAGUCUUACCAGUCACAGAAUCUACUCUUCUGGAGAGUGCCAUGGAUCAGGACCUAAAAGAGACACAACUGACCAAGUGUGCUGAAGAAGACAUUCCUGGAACAGUCCCUAGUGCCUACCAAUUUGGCUUGUCAGCAAACAGUCACAUGGUGAUGCCUUUCGAUGAGACCACUGUGAAAAGAAAGUUUUCCAUACAACUAACUCUGCGAACAUUUGCUUCAAGUGGCUUGGUUUAUUUUAUGGCUCAUAAAAACCAGAUGGAUUAUGCCACAUUGCAGCUCUUGGAUGGCCAAUUGUAUUUCAUCUAUGACCUUGGCAAGGGAGCAGCAGUAGUUACACUACCAGACAUGAUUAAUGAUGGCCAAUGGCAUACGGUCAAGACUGACUUUGCUAAGAAAAAAGCCACCAUUGCCAUUAAUGGGAAAGAGUCACCUCCUGUCGGAGCUCUUGGGGAUGGGAAUUCACUGGAUGUGGAAGGAAAGCUUUACCUGGGAGGACUUCCAUUAGGUUACACAAUCAAAAAGAUUGGGAAUGUGACAUCCAGUAUCCCUGCCUGUAUCAGAAAUAUCAUGUUAAAUAAUAAACCUCUUACUCAGGACAGUGCUACCUCAGGCCAUGCAGUUGGUAGUUGUUUCAGCACAGCUCAGGAGGGCUCCUACUUCGAUGGAACUGGAUUUGCUGCUCUGGUGAAAGAAGGCUAUAAAGUUCGAUCUGAUGUCAUUAUAUCAUUUGAGUUUCGUACCACUGCAGAAAACGGGGUCUUUCUGGGAAUUAGCAGUGCAAAGGUAGAUGCAGUUGGAUUGGAGCUUGUAAAUGGAAAAGUACUAUUCCAUGUGAAUAACGGAGCGGGACGACUUACUGCCAUUUCCAAAAAUGCUGACUCAAGUCUCUGUGACGGAAAGUGGCAUAAACUCCAGGCUAACAAGAGCAAGAAUCGCAUCAGCCUGACCAUUGAUGGAAGAACAGUGCAUGUAGCCAACCCCCAUUCCCACUCCACUUCUGCAGACACUAAUGACCCAAUAUAUGUUGGUGGCUAUCCUGGUAAUGUAAAGCAGAACUGCCUGACCAUACAAACUCCAUUUAAAGGCUGCAUGAGGAGCCUCCAGCUUUCUAAAGGCCAAAUUAGAGAAGCCUUUGACUUGAGCAUGGCGUAUGAGCGCCAUGGAGUCUUCCCCCAUUCCUGCCCCAGUCUGAGAGUCUGAUGCUUCUUAAAGCCAAAGUCACAUCAUAAUUGAACACUCAGGACUUUUACUGUAUUGACUUUUAGCUGCCUGUUGUCUUUGUCUACAGUUUUUGAUAAAUUACAUGUACUAAACUAUUAAACACUGUAAAUGAAUGUGAGAGAUUUUAGGAAUGUCUGUACUUUAGUUAUAUGAGAAGUGGAUGACAGCGUUUAGAACAAGAUGCUCUUUUAAACACCCCACUUCUAACAGAAAAUGUAACAUUACAGUGAAAAUUCAGUUUUCCAGUGCACUGCCACACAAUAUUUAAAGGGCCCAAAUUGCUCCAAUAACCCAUGUCUUUAAUUAAAUAAACAAUAUAAUAACAA